UUUUUUUUUUUUUCCAUUGAUUUCAUAAAAUCUUUUAAUGUAUACAACUUAUUAAAUAGUGACACACUUAAAGUAUGCAUGUUUCAUAACAUUGUAACAAUUUUUCCACUGGCAGCAAUGUUUCCAUCAUCAAGGUACACUAGUAUUUGUUGUUACAAGAAUACUGAACACUUUUCAUUACCUUUACCUGUACAGUUAACAUCAGUCCAAAUACUUAAUUCAUGUGUUAAUGAACUUAGUGAUUCAAUGCUGUUCACAUAUACACAUAAUCCCAAACCAUUAAACAAUUUGUGAACAGUGUUUUUCAUUAUUAAUGAGAGUGGUCAAAUAAUGUGUUGUUUACUUAAUGAAUUAAUAUUUUCUAAUAAGUGUUCACAAUUACAUCACAUUGAAUAGUGUGUAAACAUAGAUACUCAUAAACAGGUUGAUGAAGGAUGUUGAUAAAUGAACUUAAAAUCAGGACAUUCCAUGAGCAAUUAAAGAAAAUAAGUUUUUAAAGGUAAUUAAGCUGUCCCUGCAUUGUGUCAGAUGGUAUAAAUAAGACCCUUUUCAAUUUCUGUUCAUUCUAUUACCUUCCCCCUACAAAGAAACAUUCAUACUCAUCUAUUACCCAGCAAUGGCCAAGUUUGCAGUAUUUGGGAGCAGCUAUGUUACUCGUCUUGAGAGAUAUUGUCAUGGUGAUCUUAAGGUUCCUGGCACCGUCAGAUUCUUCGGGAAGGGUGGCAUGCGUUCUGAUUCGAUUCCAAGACAACUACUUAGAGACCUGAUAGAGUACAACCCUGAUGUUGUACUCAUCCAACUAGGAGGAAAUGACAUCUCAGCGACAUCAUCCCCCAACGACAUUUUCCAGAGACUUCUGACACUGCAGGUGGACCUACAUCAUGCUGGAAUUCAGGAGGUGUACUUUACAGAGAUUGUGCGACGUGGUAACUUUGACAAGUCCCCAGGCCUGACAGCGACGUCUUUUGAGAAACAACGGAAGAAGAUAAAUCGACUACUGCUGACUAGACCGAGAUACAUCAAGAUUAGAGUUAACUUUCCAGAGGACUAUGACCGUGACCAAGUGCAUUUCAACGACUCAGGACUCAGGACCCAGUUCCAUGCUUUGAGACGACCAUUUUUUGCAUAAUUGAUUGAAAUUGAUAAACACCUUUUAUUAUGUCAUGUUACGCUUUGUAAUUUAUAAUAUGUUUCAAGCAUUUAAUCUUAAAAAUGAUUGAUUUAUUGAUAA